AUGAAGAUGUCUGUUCACCUGAUUCAUACACGGGUCGCUGCACAGGCAUGUGUGGUAGGAGCUACUGCUCUGGGUAAGCUUGUCCAGAAAGAAAAAUAUGAUCUCUAA